AUGGAGCGUCAGCCGCAGAGCAGCUACGAUGCCUAUGCCAUCGCCUGCGCAGCCGUCGCCAGCUUCUUCAAGCUGAGUGUCGACGAGGAGCGGGAAGAAGCGCACGAGGUGAAGCCCGCGGAGAUCUCGCCUCCCGGAGACGGGGGAGAGGAGCAGAAGGCUCAGUCCGAACCGGAGCAGGGAGCAGCCGCGGAAGGGAAAGAGGCGGGAGACGAAGGAGAAGGAGAGGAAGGCUGCGAUGUCAGCGUCGGAGCCGCCGGCCCCGCGGACGGCGAAAGCCGCGAGGCCGAGGCCGAGGCCGAGGCCGGGGCGGGCGGCGGCCUAGGCGGAGAGCAGGGCGAUGAGGAGCAGCCCCCGCGGGCCGCCGUCGAGGGUCCCGAGGCCGCAGAUGGGCAGCGGUGCGCCCCCUACUCCAGGCUCACGAAGAGGCAGCUGCAGGACCUGGAGCGCGUUUUCCGGCAUACUCAGUACCUCAGCGUGCCCAUGCGAAAGGAGCUUGCAAGACGCCUGGGAGUGACUGAAGCCAGAGUGCAGAUGUGGUUUAAGAAUAGAAGGGCCAAGAGUCGGAGGUAUCACAAGGCACUAAUGCUCAAAAACGUGCCCCUCGUGCCCCUGGUCCCCACUGCUGUCGUCAGCAUGUGUGAACCCUGCAGUGCCAUCCUGCUUCAGGAGCUGGGCUGGGUCGACGUUCUUCUGGAGCAACUGCUGCUGGAGCUGUCCCUGCUGCCCGAGGCACAUAUGCCACCCAUGCCGCCCGUGCCGCCCGUGCCACCCAACCCACCCAUGCUACCCAUGCUGCCCGUGCCGCCCGUGCCACCCAUACCGCCCGAGCCACCCAACCCACCCAUGCUACCCAUGCUGCCCGUGCCGCCCGAGCCACCCAACCCACCCAUGCUACCCAUGCUGCCCGUGCCGCCCGUGCCACCCAACCCACCCAUGCUACCCAUGCUGCCCGUGCCGCCCGUGCCACCCAUACCGCCCGAGCCACCCAACCCACCCAUGCUACCCAUGCUACCCAUGCUGCCCGUGCCUCCCGUGCCACCCAUGCCACCCUUUCCUGCUAUUCUGUUGCCUCCUCCGCACUUUCAGCUUAAACACUUGCUUCUAUGUAGGUGCCCUCAUGCGGCAUGGCAUGGUCCCUUACCAUUGGCGGUCCUUCAGGAGCCCGUGGUUCAUCUUAAAUUGUCUCUGUGA